AUGGCUCUUUGCUUGCAGGAGCUUUUUGGUCUAGUUGCUUUGGCCAAUGAGGCCAAGAAAAUCUGGAUUUUAUUGAAGGCUCUCCAUCCAGAGAUUGCUUAUGAGGUAGAGAAGUCUGGUCUUCCUCACUCCUGGGACAAGUUGGUUUGUUGGGCCGCCAAGGUGGAGGCAGUCAAAGAGAAGUAUCAUUAUUCUGAUUUGCGCUUGGUUCCCAAGUUUGAGGAUGCCCUCUCUGAGCUCAUUCAAGAAUUCAGAUCCAUGAAGAUCUAUUUGUUUGACACUUGUCAUUUCCUUCCUCAAGCAUCUGGUUCUUUUAGAUUUGGUUUGUCUGGUUUUGGUGGUUCUGGUCCUUGUGGGUCUGGUUUUGACACUGCUGUCAACAUGGUUGAGACCACUCUGGUAUAUGCUGCCAAGCAUGCUAGGGUGGUCAACCUGUCGUCUUCUAAGAAUCCAUACACUCAUAACAAAGGAAAGGCUGUUGACAAAACACACUUAUAUGCACAGGGUCAGCUCAACACUUUCCCUACCAAUGAUAUCUACAUGACUCUGGCUCCUGACCUCUCUCCUCCUAUUGGUUCUUCCCCUUUGGCCCCCAAGUCCCGUUAUUUGCAUCCGCCUCCAAGGGAACUCCCAGUACACAUCAGUUGCAAAGAUGUCUGGGAGAGACUGAAGAGUGUGGACGCUGACGAUUGGGAAACCCAGUCCCUGGAGACCAAUGCUGCAAACCUGAAUUCCGAUAGCAAGCUCGAUGGGUACAACAGCAACAGCACAGUCUAUAACUAUCACUACAACUAUAAAGACUUUGCAUCAAGUCAACCUCUGAGAGCUCUUAUCACCAUCAAUGGUCAGGUUAUCCCAGCAAUCUUUGACUUGAGUGCAAGUGUGUCCAUCAUCAGCAAGGCUUUGGCUCUUUGUCUUGGUUUGGUGCCCAAUGUCAAUCGUCUGCCUUUCUCUUCCUUGGAUGGCCAGGCUCAUCCCCCUGCAAUAUAA